CUCACUUUUUACCAUCGUGGGGGGUGCUAGCUGGCUAUGUGCUAAGACGGCCGCAUAGCCUGCAAGUUUGCGUUUAUACCCGAUGACCACAAAAUGUAUUAUUGGAAAGUGAUUCAGUCGACAGAGGGUUACUCAUUCUCGUGAUUGCAAGAUAUUACUCAUCCGUCAAAUAUCCUCCGCCCACCCGACCCAUGAGUCCAGCUAGCAUACAAUGUUUGCAUAGAUAAAAACUAACAUUGUAGGCUAACGCGUUAGCCGGUUGGUUAGCAUGGGAAAAUGGCUUGCUGUUCGAAAGCCAUUUUCCGAUGAAAAUGGGGUCUCAGUGAAAGUGGGUUGAGGUCUUCGGAUAUUAUCGCUUCACUGCGUAGCGCCGUGAACGCCAUUCAAAUAUUACAAUGAGGGAAGCUUGUUUUAUACAAAAUGGGUAGAACUAGGAUUAGUUCAAGUACGGUCGCGACUAUGCAGUUAUUGGAAAUUAUGGGAGUGGGCGAAGGAAAUGUCGGCGGUAAAGAUGCCCCGCUUUUGUCCUGGCAAAUACAUGCUGGGCUGAACCCGGCAUAGAAAAGACGGUCCAAGUGUUACCUCAUUGGCCGCUGUGACCCCAGGCCCACCUCCUGCUUGCCAGGAAGGGCCUUGAUUGGUUGAACCUGUACCCAGCUUCUGGGGAGAACAUGGCUGCCACCACCCACUGCUAAACAGCUAAGCCACAGUCUUCUUCCCCCCCCCCCCCCCUCCCCCCACCUCUUCCUCAUCACUGUUCAUAACUGCAUUGUGAACUGUGAUUCUCCCUUCAAAUUUGAAUUACAGUACUAUGGCAAUGCAUGAUAUGAGCCGUGCAAAGGGUUUCCCCUGUAAAGAGUGUGAUAUGGUCUGCCCGAGUACACCUAGUCUACUAGAACAUAUGAAAGCACAUUAUCAGCAGGAAGAGACCGGACGUUUUGAGUGUGAGCAGUGUGGCAGAAUUUACAAGCACGCAGGAAGUUUAGCCCAUCACAAGAAAUCUCACGAAGUAGGUUCAUUUCAGUGCCCCGUUUGUACCCGUACUUUACCCAACGCAGUAGCUUUGAAAAACCACUUACGCAUCCAUACAUUGUCCCCUAGUAGUGCGCAGACAGAAGAAGAGAGUGAGGAGGUAGUCGAAGACGGCGGCCACGACGAGAGGGACUACAGCCUUGCCCAGGACCUCUCCGAAAACUUUGGGCGUACUCAUUUGAACAACAGUGGCAUAACCCAUAGUGUCCUGCAAAGCCACGAGGCAGAGGAACACGGAAAAAAAGGCUCCCCGGGAUCUGACGACGCCUGGGACAGGCCCUUUAAGUGUGAUCAGUGUGACAGAACCUACCGCCACCACGGUAGCCUGGUGAACCACAAGAAGUGUCACCAGCAAGGAACUUUUAAGUGCUCUGUGUGUUUCAAGCAAUUCAGCAACCUGGCGGCGCUAAACGGCCACGAGCGUACCCACUCCAAGUUCAAGACUCCCGGGGCAUCCAUGGUGAGCAGCAGUAGCAGCCUCCAUAGCUCGGAGCGAGGCAGCAGCAACCAGUCGUCCCAGAACGACGACGGGGGUUCCUGCUUUUGCCACCUGUGCCAAGUUACACUGCCAAACAAGGCAGACUUCCAGGAGCACAUCCUGCUGCACAACGCAGCCUCGUCCUCCCUUGGCCUCUCUCGCAGCUUCCCCGGCAUCAUGCCCCACAACCUGAGUGCAGUCCGCUCCCCGGCAUACACCCCGGCCCUGGGUGACCCACUGCCCCUGCCGCCGCUGCCAAGUGAGAAAAGGGGCCCGUAUGAUCCAAUCAUGGGCCCUCCUGUCAACAAUCCCAUCUAUACUUGUGCAUAUUGUGGCGCAGGCCAUCCAGAUCUCGAGAGUCUGAAGGUCCACUACUUGACCCAUGACCCCCAUCCGGGUGCUCACAGUCAGGAGAGCGCCAUCCUUAACUCAGAUGGGAUGAGCUCAGGGUCCCAAGGCUCAGUAUCAUCGCCAUCCGGUGGACGAGUGCCACAAGCCAACUCCCCAGAUGAUGGAGAACGCCGGUUUAAGUGUGGCGAGUGCGGUAAAAGCUACCGCCACGCCGGGAGUCUGGUGAACCACAAGCGAUCUCACCAGACAGGCCAUUACCAGUGCACCAUCUGCUGUAAGCAGUACCCUCACCUAGCGGCUCUGCACAGCCAUCUACGUAGCCACAAGGGCCGCCCCUCCAACCAGCCCCUGAACAAUGACAGCAAUGAUUGGCUGUCUUCAGAGCCACUGACCUUAGAUUCUCAGAAUAGCUAUGUCCAAGAGGGUAGUGGUGCCACUACUCCAAUCUCACUACCUGGCAACCUAGGUGAUGCUGCCCACUUUGUACCAGAUGGAGGUCACAGCAGCGGACUCGACUCUUUAGAGUUCCAUGACCGCUUUGAUGGAGGUUCCUUGUCCCAAAGCAACUCAGCACACCGCCAGGCAGACCGGCAUAUGUGCGCAGAUUGUGGCGAGAUGUAUGGCGACAUAUCAGGCAUCAAGUCCCACAUGUGCCCCCGGCGUGGCCAGCAGCAGCAACCGCAGGGCAACAUGUCCAAUGGCUUCAUGGGAAACAUGAACUAUCACAGCCCCGGUGGGACGUCUCUGCCAUCCGGAGGCUCAAGUAGCAUGAAGGAGGGCAGCAGCCAGCGCCAGUACUCGCAGAGUGGAGGCAAAAGGAUGGGAAACAAUGACAAAGAGGAAGACGACGGGGAGGUUUACCAGUGCUCUGUGUGCGGCAACCAUUACGCCAGCCUCAGAGCCCUCCGGAGCCAUCUCCGCAGCCACGCCAACAAUCCAACCACACCCGGGCCGUCCAACUUGGAACAAGAAUGGAGGAUGAUCUGCUCCACCUGUGGCCAGAGUUUCUCUAGGAAGCAAGACCUUUUGAAUCACCAGCUUAUCCAUGGGCCCCAGACCGCAGAACGCCAGUCCCAGCCAAAUGUGAGCACCGCUGCCAACGGCAAUGACAAGAUGGAUGGUCGCAAUCACAUUUGCGUGGACUGCGGUAUGUUUUUUGCCGACCGCCACCACCUGAUUACUCACCUUUGCCCUGGCAAGAACCGAUCAGGGAACCUGAGCAAGCAGGGCCUGAACGGAGCCAAAAGGAUGUCUGGAGGAGAGGGAGUCAGUGGAGGGGUUGCUGGCGGCAGCGGAGAUGUUGGAGGAGAUGGCCGGAGGUCGAUGGGAGAACAAGGCGACAGGCCCCAUAAAUGUGACCAGUGUGGCCGAGGUUACAGGCACCCAUGCUCCCUCCUCAACCACAAGAAAUCCCACAAGACUGGAGUGUUCCGCUGCCUGGUGUGCCAGAAGCGCUACUACAAUCUGCUGGCACUCAAGAAUCACCAAAGGACCCACUUUGACUUGAAGAGGCACAAGUGUGAGGAAUGUGGUAAGGCUUUCAAGAUCCAAAAGCAACUUAUCAACCACCUGCGUCUCCAUGAAGAGCAUCGGGCCAAGGGCCUGAUCCGCACUGGCCCCAAUGGAUCCCGCUUCCAGCAAGCUGGAACAUCCCAAAUGCAGAGUAUGAGAGGCGAGUCCUCCAAGAGCCAUGGAAUGGGGGUAAAAUAUGCCAAUGCCCAGCAAGGCUUCAAGAAACCCUACUCCUCAGCAGGAACAUCUAGGCCCCAGAAAUUUGAUCAGUCUGAGGGAGGGCGCCGUCCCUUUGCCUGUGACGAGUGUGGAAAGACAUACCGCCAUGCAGGUAGUCUGGCCAACCACAAAAACCUCCACAAGAUCGGGGAAUACCAUUGCAAUGUCUGCAACUCCACAUACCCCAAUCGGCUGGCCAUGAAAAACCACCUGCGUCUCCACUUCGCCCAGAAGAAGCACAACUGCCAGGAGUGUGGCAAGGGCUUCCGCACUCAGAAACAGCUUGCCACCCACAACACCGCAGGCCUCUGCAAGGGGCCCCAGGGUCCGGGAGUCCAGAUGGAUUUUGAGUGUGAUGGCUGCUGCGAAGGUUACGCAACAGCCGACGAGCUAGCGGCCCACGACUGCCCGGCCCAACACCUGCCUUCCUCCUCCGCCUCCGUCAACAGCUCCAACCUCAGCUUGGAGGGCCGAAGUGUGGACCUUGACUCUGACGAGAGGCCCUACGCCUGUGACCUGUGCAGCUGCGCCUACAAGCAUGCCAGCUCCCUGCUGAACCACAAGCACACCCACAAGACGGGCGACUUCCGUUGCAACUUCUGCGACAAGCCGUACACAAACUACAUGGCCCUGCGCAACCACAUGCGCAUCCACACGCAGCGGAAAAAGCACAUCUGCCACACGUGCGGCAAAGCCUUCCGGCUGGCCAGAUUCCUCCGCAACCACCAGAAGGUCCACGAGGAGGGUGCCACACCCUUUGGUUGUCCGAGCUGUGGGAAGAGUUUCCAGGGGAGAUCGGGCCUGGCAAGGCACCGCUGCGGGGACAACCAGGUAGGCAUGGAAGGCAGGAGGAAGGCCGCUGCACCCGCAGGAGAGGGCGAAGAGUGUCGGUACACAUGUGAUCAGUGCGGCCGCUCCUACCGUCAUGCCAGCUCCCUCCUCAACCACAAGAACACCCACACCGUCGGAAUUUACCACUGCGCCGUCUGCCUCAAAACUUACUCCAAUCUGCUCGCCCUGAAGAACCACCGCCGCAUCCACUCCGAGACCCGUCGCCACCGCUGCCACGACUGUGGCAAAGCCUUCCGCGUCUCUUCCCAGCUCUACAACCACCGCCGUGUCCACCAGAAGCAGCGGGAGCUCACCUGCCGCUCCUGCCAGCGCUCCUUCCCCACGCAGGCCAGCUUCCGGCUCCACAUGGAGAUCAGCCACGGACAGGCCCCUCAGCCCCGCCAGCCCAGAUCCCAGCAGCCCCGGCCGGGAGGCUCCCAGGAGCUGGGCUGGGGCUCGGGCCUGGACCACACUCUGAUGCAGGCACAGGGCCUCAACCCCCACGGUAUGAACAAGUCUCGUGGUCGCGGCGGUCACGGCGGGGUCAUAAAGUCGCAUGUUUGCGACCAGUGCGGGCGCGCCUACCGCCACGCCAGCUCCCUGCUCAACCACAAGAACAGCCACAAGACGGGUACCUACUUCUGCAACUCCUGCCAGAAGGAGUUCCCCAACCUCAUGUCCCUGAAGAACCACCGGCGCAUCCACACGGAGCCCAAGCGCUACCAGUGCCCCGACUGCGGCAAGUCUUUCCGCGUCUCCACCCAGCUCAUCUGCCACCGGAGAAUCCACACCAAGGAGAAGCCCUUCUCCUGCCAGCAGUGCGACAAGCGCUUCUCCUCCAGGUCCAACCUGAGGCACCACAUGAAGGUUCACUGGAGCGGCUCCACGGCGCCCCCUUCCAUGUCCAUGGGUGCGCCCAACUUCUUGGACUUAAGCCCGGUGGGUUCCACAAGCAGCUCGAAGAACUAUGUGUGCAACCAGUGCGGACGCGCCUACCGCCACGCCAGCUCCCUGCUCAACCACAAGAACAGCCACAAGACGGGCACCUACUUCUGCAACUCCUGCCAGAAGGAGUUCCCCAACCUCAUGUCCCUGAAGAACCACCGGCGCAUCCACACGGAGCCCAAGCGCUACCAGUGCCCCGACUGCGGCAAGUCUUUCCGCGUCUCCACCGCGCUCAUCUGCCACCGGAGAAUCCACACCAAGGAGAAGCCCUUCUCCUGCCAGCAGUGCGACAAGCGCUUCUCUUCCAGGUCCAACCUGAGGCACCACAUGAAGGUUCACUGGAGCGGCUCGCUGCUCUCCAGGGGUUCUUCCUCAGCUUUCCUCACCAUUCCAUCCCGUCCUUUCCUGUAGAUCUACGCCUGCGCCCAUGUAGGGCUCACAGCCCUCAACCUUUUUCCUCAGCGGUUGCAGUGGAAACAGUGUUGCUAUGAAUGGGGCGGAGGGGAGCGCUUUCGCCACCAAGAAUAAACACCCGCAAAGAGCCGCAAAUGUUUGGCCCCUGUUGGAAAUUGGUCUUGUAUUCAAAAAUGUGCAAAAGGACGUAUUUGUGACCUGCAGAAAACCCUUUAAAAACGAGUUAACAUCCAGGAAGGAGUGGGCAGGUUUCUAAAAAACAUCGACCCAUGCAUGAACAUCUCUAGUCUUCUCAAGGCCCAGCAGAAUGUUGCUUAGUCAUUGUGAGCUUGGACCCUUAAGAUUGCUUGAAAGGUGUUUCCUUUGACAAUCAUCAGAGGUAUUCAACUCUUUCCUCAAUUGAGACUGGGAUGAGAAAAUGACGUUUUGACAAUUUUAACAGUUCAUAGACAUUACAGACCAAAGGAAAUUGGCACAUUAAUCCAUCUCAUGCCACAAAGACAAGUCAAUGUAGCAUAAAGUGGAUUGAACUGCUGAUAGGAUGCGCUUGGUCUGCCGGUCUGUACGCCUUGAUGUAAAGUCUGUGGGGGAAGGUUGUGCACAGGACAGAAUACAGAGUACUUUUUAAUGGUAUUCUCUGUCACAACUUCCGUAGGCGCCUCUGCUUUUGGACUUCCAAGCAACUAACAAGCAGGCUAAAUUGACACAGGCCUCCACGACCUGAUACUUGGCACAUUACAAGUAUACUUGCAUUGUUUUGAAGUAAGGACUGUGAACAAAUAAUCACAUCAAGUACACUUUUCUAAAAGGCUUUACCCUUGGUAAAAUGUAUCUUGUCUGUGUUGUAAGACAACAGCCAACGGGUUUCAGGGACCUUUCCAGACCUGACAGGACGUGGAGUCAAUGACGGCGGGGGGAGCCUUGAUCUUUAUCCUCCAUCUUCUCUUCACUUACAGUGCACGGCUUAUCACCAGUCGACAACUUGCUAGGGACUUCCUGUAAUUUCUCAGUUGAAGUAACUGUCUCAGUACAGGAUCCUACAUGGCCAGAAAAAAGACUGAAGGGUCAACAUUGCAUCUCUGCCUCAUGAAACACUGUUGAUGAAACGGGCCAACUUUUCAACAACAUUUGUCUGAACUUAAAGUGACAGGUGGAGAACGACUUUUGUGUCUGUCUGUUCUCCUGUCUCUCUCUGUUCUCAUGACACUAUGUUGUUUGGCUGAGAAGAAACUUGCUCAUGCUCAAAGGUUGUUUAAACAUUGGGUGUAACCAGUGGCAUGCACGCUCUGUGUACCUGUCUUGGUGUGUCUAUACGACAAUGUUGUCAUAUAGACACACCAGGUUGGCCAAGUUACAUAGUUACAGUCAACAUCACAGUGUUAUGUCCUUCCCUACACUCUUAUGCAGCUGCAAUGGGGCAGAUGCUUUAUAUUUGUAUUCCCCUUUGCCUAAAUUGGAAUGGUAAUUCCAUUCAAUUGAAUUAAUAAUGUCACACCUUUAGAAAUUAACUUACCCAAGUGAAAUCCAAAUGGCCUCUCUAAACAUUUCAUCUCUAAACUUUUUUUGGGUGGGGGAGUUUUUUUUUUACAGGAUUGUUAAUACUCCUAAGUAAUAUUAUAUGCAGGAAACCUUUGAGGAGUUAUGUUCCUGCAGAUGCAUGUCCAAUGUUUUGUUGUUCAUUUGUACGAUCUUGGCUAUAUAUAGAGCACCCCUAUCUCUCGGAAUACCACUGAGGCACUGAUCGUGGUUUCAACUACAAUUCACAAUCCGCUCAACUUCUAACCCAGACUACCCACCCGCCUGGAACACAUUUCCAUUCUCAGAUACGAGACAUCGUAUGAAACAGUAUAUUCAGUUUCAGAGUUAGGAAAUGGAUUCCUAAAUGGAUAUCUAACGACGUUGGGGGAUGCGGUUUCAUUGAAGUCAGUGUUGAGGUAUCAAUGACAGGAUAACAGGUCUUCAGCUGUUCUCCACUGUAUGGUCGUCAAGAAAAAAGUUUAUAAAUGUGUGUGUGUGUGCGUGUGUGUGUGUGUUUGUGUGUGUGUGUGUGUGUGUGUGUGUAUGUGUGUGCGUGUGUGUGUUUGGAUGCGUGUGUGCGUGCGUUAUCUGGCAGCACGAGGCGAUACCGUACCGGUUUAAGUGACAGCGUGCCCAAGGCUAUUAAUAGUGGAGGCGCGCUCUGAGCAACCUUGUUCUCUGGCUCAGAUGUUGGCGGUUCUCUUCCAGUCACAAAGCUCAUGCUCGGGAGCUCAUGACGCUUUGUUGCGAAAAAGAAAAUCCCCCCGACAUAAAAAAAAAUCUAAUCAGGUUCUCAAAAUGCAACCUGCCUACCAGCAAAACCAGAGAUGGUUGGUUUGUUAAAUGGUGGUGAAUUAUACCUUUUUGAUUGUCUUUCUCUGUAAUUACCUACCUGUAUAUGUUUAUUUUUUUCUCUCUUUCUUUGGGCACAUGUAUUUUUUGAUGCCGUGCCUGAUAGUUGAACCUAUAUAGUAGAACAGGAUGUGGUACACAAACAAAAGAGAAGUAGAACCUAAGGAUGGUGAUUUUAUGACGAUGUAAUCUUUGCUUUAAGCUGAUGGUGACAUGUUGUUGUGCAGUGGGUUUCAAACUCUGGACACAUUGCAAAGUCAAAAAUGCUGUAUGAUGUUGAAAUUAUCGUAAAAUGAAAUUGAUACAUAUAAGCAGCUCAAAAACCCUUUACAAGUGUUUCUUUGAGGUCUAGGUUUUGACAAGGCCAAAUUUCGGUUUUGAGACAACGAUGAGGGUGUAUUCACCAUUCACUUGAAUAAUGCCGUUGUAUUUCAUAGGAUACAGUGUUUUAAGGACUUUGCAACCUGGCCUUAUUGGAACAACCAUUUGCAGUCUUUUUGAGGCAGCCAUUUUGUGUCCUUCUAACCUUGCGUGCUGAGGCCCCUGUUGUCAUCUGUUUAUUUAGCAUGUGAGCAUCUCUUCAAACCCCAUGGACCUCGAUGGUUAGUGACACAUACUUUGAAUGGCAGCUAGAUAAUACGAUUUGAUAUUUUGGACUGCAGUAGUUGUUACUCCAUAACAUCUAUCUGAAAUGGUUCACACAGGGUGAGCUUAUAUUGUUUGAAAUGUAGCAGAUGAAAAAAAACAACAAGCUGUCGUGGAAUUGACUUUUGAGACAUUUCUGUUGACUGUAACAGUUCUAUUGCGUUAAACCACAAUUCAGUUUUUUUCUUUCUCCAGUGAAAGUCAAUAGGUCUACAGUCAUUCACAAUAUCUCUGUCUAAUUUGUAUUUGUGGCAAAUUUCUGCCUCUCAUUACCAGUAAUCCUACAACUCACCUCAGCAGGACACAAAAUGGCGAAAGCGAAGGCAACUCCUAGAAGUAGAGCAUUAGAUAUUUUUAGUGCCGUUUGGUUAGAUCACGUAUAUUGUCAUUGUACCUCUGUAUCAUUUUCCUCUGUAUGACUUUUUAUAUAUGAACUGGCAGAUUGUUGUAGGCUUCUGUCAUUGAUAUACACUUAUAACGGAUGGUGAUACUAAUAAAGCGUGUGAACAACA